AUGCACACAACGUAUUCUCUGGCAUCACUGCCUUGGGGGAUUCUGGGAGUGGGGGCUGUGAUUCUUGCGAUCCUGGCGUAUGUCGUUUAUCAGGUUUAUUUUCAUCCGUUGGCUAAAUAUCCUGGUCCAUGGCUGGGGAAGUUCACCGAAGCCGGCGCAGCUUAUCAUGCCGUGAAGGGCGAUUUACAUUUGCACAUAUGGUGGUGCCAUCAGAAGUAUGGGCCGGUGAUCCGGUAUACGCCGAACCUAGUGAUCUUCAAUACGGCAAGUGGGAUGAAAGAUAUCUAUGUCCGAGGCAAGGACCUCCGGAAAGAUGUUCACUACGGCGUCAUCCAGCUCGGCACCAAGAACCUCCUCACAGUCACGAGCCCGAAGGAACACGCCAGACGGAACAAGAUCAUCAGUCCCGGAUUCUCGAGCACAGCAAUGCGCGAAUUUGAACCGAGGUUGCUGGUGCAUGUACGCAAAUUUUGCGACUCGCUGUACCGACCUAGGCCUGGUAGUAAAUCGAACAGCUCUUGGGGGGAGCCGAUGGUCAUGUCGGACUGGUGCAGCUACUUCGCAUUUGAUGUGAUCACGGAGUUGGUCUUUGGUAAAGCGUGCAAUCUCCUCGAGAGCCAGCAACACCGUUGUACAGUGUACGAUAUUUCCGGGAUGAUGAAGCGGCUGUCGCUGUUGAUGUAUGCGCCAUAUGUGUUCCUCGGUCGACUGGAUCGGAAGCUGUUCCCUGGUGAGAUGCGCGGGAUGAAGCGAUAUCAUCGGCUGGUGAAUUCAAUGAUGGCAGAUGCGGCGAGCAUGUCAGGACAUGUGUUUAGUCGACUGACGAACGCGCGGGAUGACAAAAUAACUGCGGGGAUAGGGGCUCCUGCAUUCAGCGACGCGGAUAUCUAUUCAGAGUCUGCGAUGUUGGCUGUUGCCGGGUCCGACUCCACAUCUGUGUCUCUCUGCGCCAACCUCUUCUAUCUGGCGACCUAUCCCCACGCCUACAACCGCCUCGCCCACGAAAUCCGUACGACGUUUCCGACCCUCGAAUCCAUCCGCACCGGUCCCCUUCUCCUGCAAGAGUGCCCCUACCUUCACGCAUGCAUCAAGGAAACGCUCCGCAUCUCACCCGCCGUAGCCGGGUGCCCCUAUCGCCGCAUCGAGAAGGGCGACACCAUCGUAGUCGACGGUCACGUCAUUCCCGAGGGCUGCAGCGUUGGCACGGGGAUCUACAGCAUUCAUCACAAUGCGGACUACUUCUCGCGGCCGGAUACCUUUCUCCCAGAGAGGUGGCUAGCCAGCGACGGUGACGAAAAUCCCGAGCAGGCGAGCGUCACGGCAGCCGCCUACACGCCAUUCUCACAGGGGACACGCGCCUGCGUGGGGCGCCACCUGGCGCAGAUGGAGUUGCAGUUGGCUCUGACGAGCCUGAUCUGGCAGUAUGACUUCCGCCGGGCGGAGGGUGCAGCCGGGGAGUUGGGGGCAGGAAGUCGAGACGGCGGGGAGCUGGGGCGGUCGAACCCGCAUGAGUUCCAACUGUAUGAUCACAUCAUUAGCCAGAAGAGAGGGCCGGUCCUUCAGUUCCGGCCGCGGAAGCAGCAUCAACAGGAAGUAGUAUCGUAUUUUGGCUUCGGGCUAUGA